CUCAGGGAACGUUCCCGGAAGUCCCAUCAAAGCUACUGCGCCUGCGCGUCGUGGAGCUUAUCGCGUAGUUUACAUAAGGUGGCACUGGCGUGCGGGUCGGCGCAGUUGCACGCAGAGCCGGAAGUGAGAGAAAUUCCCCGUCCGUAGGUGGCGUCACGAGAUUUAGAGCGGAACGAGAGUUCGUGGACAUCUCAGUGAGCGUGCGCACUAUAGAUUCCUUGUCCUCGCGCCUCCUCUAGAACACGAGUCCGUCUUUCGGGCCUGCGCGCACAGGAAACUCCGCCUCAUUUGCUCCCGGAAGUGGUCGCUUAGUCCGUCGUGCGCGUGCGCACAGCCAAAUCGCGGCCGUCGGGGAGGUUAAGCCCGGGAAUCGCGGCCUUGGGCGCCGUCCUUGGGUGGCUGAGUGUGGAACAGACCAACAUGUCCAGCUCACAGCUUGAGUGCACAUCCUCUCAUCUUCCCAACAUCCAGAAGCCUCUGCGUCCCAUCCUCCUUCAGAACUGACAACCAGUGACCUUGGAGUGUCUCUGCCUUGAGCUCUCCUACCUACCUCCUAGGCAGACUCCAAGGUUUCUCUUGUCUCUUGAAGCUCCCAGGCCUGCACCAUGGACUUCCAGCACAGACCUGGAGGCAAGACUGGGAGUGGGGGCGUGGCCUCCUCCUCUGAGAGCAACCGGGACCGCAGGGAGCGCCUGCGGCAGCUGGCCCUUGAAACCAUCGACAUCAACAAGGACCCAUAUUUUAUGAAAAACCAUCUGGGAUCCUAUGAAUGCAAACUCUGCCUGACGCUGCAUAACAAUGAGGGGAGCUACCUGGCCCACACCCAAGGGAAGAAGCAUCAGACUAACUUGGCCCGGCGAGCUGCCAAAGAGGCCAAGGAAGCCCCUGCCCAGCCAGCACCUGAGAAGGUCAAGGUGGAGGUGAAAAAGUUUGUGAAGAUUGGCCGCCCUGGCUACAAAGUGACCAAGCAGAGGGACACAGAGAUGGGCCAGCAGAGCCUGCUGUUUCAGAUUGACUACCCUGAGAUUGCCGAGGGCAUCAUGCCACGCCACCGCUUCAUGUCUGCCUACGAGCAGAGGAUUGAGCCCCCAGACCGCCGCUGGCAGUACCUGCUCAUGGCUGCUGAGCCCUAUGAGACCAUUGCCUUCAAGGUGCCAAGCCGGGAGAUCGACAAGGCAGAGGGAAAGUUCUGGACCCACUGGAACCGAGAGACCAAGCAGUUUUUUCUUCAGUUCCACUUUAAGAUGGAGAAGCCUCCUGCCCCACCCAGCCUCCCUGCUGGACCCCCAGGUGUCAAGCGGCCCCCUCCCCCACUCAUGAAUGGCCUGCCUCCUCGCCCACCACUGCCAGAUGCCUUGCCCCCACCUCCGCCUGGUGGCCUGCCUCUGCCCCCUAUGCCUCCCACCGGGCCUGCUCCCUCUGGGCCCCCUGGACCUCCCCAGAUGCCUCCACCAGCUCCUGGGGUCCAUCCCCCAGCCCCAGUGGUCCACCCACCAACAUCUGGAGUCCAUCCCCCAGCUCCUGGGGUCCAUCCCCCAGCACCAGUGGUCCACCCACCAACAUCUGGGGUCCAUCCCCCAGCUCCAGGUGUGCUCCCAGCAGCCCCUGGAGUGCACCCAGCAGCCCCUGGAGUGCACCCACCAGCUCCUGGGGUCCACCCAGCAGCCCCUGGAGUGCACCCACCAGCUCCCGGGGUCCACCCGCCAGCUCCCGGGGUCCACCCUCCCCCAUCAGCUGGAGUUCAUCCUCAGGCUCCAGGAGUACACCCACCUGCUCCUGCAGUUCACCCUCAGGCCCCUGGGGUACACCCCCCAGCUCCUGGCAUCCACCCUCAGGCACCUGGGGUACACCCCCAGCCUCCUCCUGGAGUCCACCCUGCUGCGCCUGUAGUCCACCCUCAGCCUCCAGGGGUUCACCCCUCAAAUCCUGGGGUGCACCCAGCUCCUAUGCCCCCCAUGCUAAGGCCCCCACUCCCCUCAGACGGCCCUGGGAACAUGCCUCCCCCUCCCCCAGGCAACUGAGUCAUGGCCCCAGCACCCCCUGCUGCCUGUGCGCAGCCUUUUCCCGGGGCCAGUCCUUGGAAAGUUUUCUAUUUUGUCCUGUUCUGAGUCCAUUAAACAGCCUCCCCCAUGUC